ACAUUUCUUCCCAAAAGACUGGAGAAGUGGACGUGAGAGUACGCUUGGAUCGAGCGGGUCGAUUGUAAACAAACAGACCAGAGGAAUAUUACGGAGAAACUACACUAUGGAAGCUGAAACAUCAAAGAUCUACAAUACUCUACCUGACGUUGUUGUUGAACGUUCAUCUGCCUUAAUUGACCUACCUAUUGAGGAGCAGAGUGCUGGGUCGGCCAAACAGCAACUACGAGACUUCCUUGAGGCUCAUGUUCCAAAAAAUGACAGAGAUGAAAUCAAUUCAGAGGUAAGAAAAGGGUUUUUGCUGACUGACAAGAAAGCAAGAAUACGACCACACAAAUCCCUCAGGAAACGAAACAAGAAAAAUGCACCGCACCAAGGGAAAAAGCGCUUGACAGGUCGCGAAAGGCGAGAGUUGGGACUGCACAAAGUUGACAGGUGCAACAAGACUUUUGAAAUGUUUUUACCCAUAAAUGACCUGUGGAAGAAAUAUGCAGUGGACCUUCUCGGCAUUAAUUAUUUCAUUGUAAAUGGCUGGAAAGGUGGUGAUAGGGAUACAAAAACAGAAGCAGUGCAAAACAGAAUUAGAAAGAUUGAUUAUUUUGGCUGUUUUAUGCGAGUCACCAAAUCACGGUGUUCAGAAUAUAUUGGAACACAAGGAAUUGUUAUAAAGGAGACAAAGAAUACUUUUAUGCUGAUUUGCCCUGACGAUAAAGUGAAAAUUAUCCCUAAAUUGCAUAGUGAAUUUAGUUUUGUUGUAGGUAUGGUUGGUUUUUCUAUCCUUGGUAAUCACUUGCAUCAAAGAUCAGUUGAAAGAGCAAAGCACAAUUUCAAGAAACUCCGUCUGUGGUUGUAACAAAUAUAAUAAUUUUGUUCAUUCUGUUUUCCAAUUAAACUUUUAAGAUUA